CCAUCAGAAAUAAAUGGGGUGAAAAUUAGACAGUUCUAGGGUUUGACUGAUGAAAUUGGGCGUGAAAUCUCCACACACCACUAGGUGAGAGAGAAAGAGAGCCUGCGCGCAAAUCAGAUGAUUCUUCCGGUAACUUCGGUGGCUCGCCGUCUUCAAGAUCCAUCGCACUAGUGGCCCACACGAUCUGAUUCGUGCGAAAAAAACAAUUUCUGAAAUUCUGCCAAAUUGUCGAUUUUUUCUCUCUUUUUCGGGAAAGGAAAAUUUUAGUAUUUUAGAGAGGGAAAGUGGCCGUUGAGACUUGAGUGGUCGUUGAGGGUUAAACGACAGCGUUAAUUUGGAAGGAUUUGGAUUAAUUACGGUGUUCGAUUUUUAUGUUUUGCAAUUUAUUUUUUCCUUUUUACUCAUAGAAGAUAUCGUACAAUUUUUGCAUGCAAUCUGGUGGUGGGGCUCAGCAGGGAGGGGGUGUCCAUGGGCGAAACAUGGUGCCCGGACCACCGUCCUCAUCUGCAUCGCCGUCUUCUUCAUCUUCAGCAGUGUCCGCGCCCCAUUUGGGGUUUGAUCCGAUGAAGCAGCAGCAUCAACAGCAAAGACAGUCUUUGCAACAACAGUUACUUCGAAACCCUGAUGGGAGAGAAGCUUUAUUAGCCUAUCAAUCUGGAAUUCGGCAAGGAGGAGUAUUAGGAGGUGGUGCUGGCUCGGGUUCUGGCUCUAUGCAAAUGCAACGUGUAGCUCAGCAGCAUGGCCAAGAGGAAGGGCAGAAUAUGAGACAGGGUUUUGAUCAACACAUGAUGAAUCCAAUGCAGCAGGCUUACAUGCAAUAUGCCCUCCAUGCCCAACAAGCCCAACAGGCCCAACAAGCCCAACAAGCCCAACAGAAGUCAUCUCCUGUCAUGCAAGCCCAGCAGCAAAUGAAAAUGGGAAUGAUGGGGAAACCACCUGACCAUUUUGGCCUUGGAGGGAAGCAGCCAAUGGAGGAAGGCCACCAGACAGUUUCUGACCAAAGUCAAAGUCAAAAUCAGAAUCAGAAGCAUUUUGCCAUUCCCACAUCCCUAGGGAAUAAUAUAAGACCUAUGCAAACCCCACAAGCUCAACAGGGUGUCCAUAAUAUGGGAAACAGCCAGAUGUCAAUGGCUGCUCAACUGCAGGCAAUGCAGGCUAUGGCUCUUGAACGUAACAUUGAUCUUUCACUUCCUCAAAAUGCUAAUCUGAUGGCGCAACUAAUGCCACUCAUGCAGUCUAAGAUGCUUGGUCAACAAAAAGUCAACGAAAGCAACAUGAGCCCACAGGUCUCCAUGUCAAAACAACAGGUCACCUCUCCACAACUGACAAACGAAAAUUCUCCCCGUAGUGAUGUGUCUGGGCAUUCAGGCUCUACAAAAGCAAGGCAGACAAUGUCACCUGCUCAUCUGGGUUCAACCUCAAAUGCAAGUCAGGGUCAGCAAUUCCCCAUUCAUGGGAGGGAGAACAUGAAUCAGUUGCCACCUAGGCAACCCACCAUUAGUGGUAGUGGAGUGUCUUCUAUGCCUCCCCCACAGUCACCUGCUAACAUGAGCCUGGGUCCAGAUCAUCUGUUGCAGUUACAGCAUGCUAGGCAGCAGAUGAAUAGGUCUUCUCCACAGCCUCCUGCAGCUUCAGCUAAUGGUGUUGGAUUGGAAAACCCUUUAACAUCUCAGAAACAACAAACACCACAAGGCCAACCACACCCAGGCUUUACAAAGCAGCAACUACAUGUUCUCAAAGCCCAGAUUCUGGCUUUCAGGCGUAUAAAGAAAGGAGAUAGAACUCUGCCUCGUGAACUAGUACAAGCUAUUGCCCCACCUCCCCUUGAAGUACAGUUGCAACAGGUGGCUUCCCCUGCUGUAGUAGCUAACCAUGAUAAAGCUUCAGUUAGAAGCCCUGUGGAGUCCAAUAACAAGGAUCUUCAAGCUGUGACUAUGUCUGCUGGAAUGAACACCAUGAAAAGAGAAGCGUAUGAGGAUAAAGCAACAGCUAUUGCACAAGCCACACCUAUAAUAAAGGAAACUCCAUCUGUUCCUCCCCCUGCAAAAGAAGAGCAGAGAAUUACUGCAUUCCCUCCUAAACAGGAACAUGAGGCAAAUGAAGGUGUAACAGACAAGGGUAAGGCAGUUGCAUCAGGACCUGAUGUUGUCCCUGAAACUGUCCAAUCUAGAUUGACUUCACAACCUGGAAACUUACCUCAAACAAAAGAUCCUGGCCCUUCUAGAAAGUACCAUGGUCCACUGUUUGACUUUCCUUUCUUCACUCGGAAACACGAUUCUUUCGGAUCAAGUAUGAUGCUCAAUAACAAUAACAAUCUAUCUCUAGCAUAUGAUGUGAAAGAUCUUUUUCUUGAGGAAGGUACUGAAGUGGUUAACAAAAGGAGAGAUGAGAAUUUAAAGAAGAUCAACGGUUUGCUGGAUUUGAAUCUAGAGAGAAAAAGGAUAAGGCCAGAUCUUGUUUUGAGGUUACAAAUUGAGGAAAAGAAACUCAGACUACAAGACGUACAAGCACGUGUAAGAGAUGAAGUUGAUCAACAGCAACAAGAAAUAAUGGCUAUGCCAGAUAGACCCUAUAGGAAAUUUGUUAGACUAUGUGAGCGACAACGUAUGGAGCUCAACAGACAAGUGCAAGCUGCUCAGAGGGCGAUUAGGGAAAAACAAUUGAAAUCAAUCUUCCAAUGGCGUAAGAAGCUUCUAGAAUCUCACUGGGCCAUCCGUGAUGCACGGACUUCUAGAAACAGGGGUGUUGCUAAGUACCAUGAGAAGAUGUUGAGGGAGUUCUCAAAGAAUAGAGAUGAUGAUAGAAGUAAAAGAAUGGAGGCUUUGAAAAAUAACGAUGUGGAAAGGUAUAGAGAGAUUCUUAUGGAACAGCAAACUAGUGUCCCGGGUGAAGCUGCUGAGAGAUACGAGGUUCUUUCCUCGUUUUUGUCUCAGACAGAAGAUUAUUUAAAUAAACUUGGAGGCAAAAUUACAGCUGCCAAGAAUCAACAAGAAGUAGAUGAGGCUGCAAAUGCUGCAUCUGUAGCAGCAAGAGCUCAGGGUUUAUCUGAAGAAGAAGUGAGAGCUGCAGCAUCAUGUGCAAGGGAAGAAGUUUUAAUAAGAAAUCGUUUCUCUGAAAUGAAUGCACCUCAGGAUGGUUCUUCUGUCAGCAAAUAUUAUACUCUUGCACAUGCUGUGAGUGAAAGGGUCAUACGACAACCCUCAAUGCUGCGGAAAGGAACUUUACGUGACUAUCAACUUGUUGGACUGCAGUGGAUGCUUUCAUUGUAUAACAAUAAGUUGAAUGGCAUAUUGGCAGACGAAAUGGGUCUUGGGAAAACUGUACAAGUUAUGGCUUUGAUUGCUUAUCUGAUGGAGUUCAAAAGCAAUUAUGGCCCACAUCUUAUAAUUGUUCCAAAUGCAGUUCUUGUUAACUGGAAGAGUGAGUUACAUACUUGGUUGCCAAAUGUGUCCUGCAUUUACUAUGUCGGAAACAAAGAUCAACGAUCAAAGUUAUUCUCACAAGAGGUUUGUGCUAUGAAAUUCAAUGUCCUUGUGACAACCUAUGAAUUCAUCAUGUUUGACCGUGCAAAACUCGCAAGAGUUGACUGGAAAUACAUAAUCAUCGAUGAAGCACAAAGAAUGAAAGAUAGAGAAUCCGUUUUGGCUCGUGACCUUGACAAAUACCGCUGCCAGAGGCGCCUUCUUCUCACAGGCACCCCCUUACAGAAUGAUCUAAAAGAGCUGUGGUCAUUACUGAAUCUAUUACUCCCUGAAGUAUUUGACAAUAAGAAAGCUUUUCAUGAUUGGUUCUCACAGCCUUUUCAAAAAGAAGUCGCCCACAAUGAAGAUGAUUGGUUGGAAACCGAGAAAAAAGUCAUCAUUAUCCAUCGGCUUCAUCAAAUCUUGGAGCCUUUCAUGCUCAGGCGCCGUGUAGAAGAUGUAGAAGGUUCACUUCCUCCAAAGAUCUCAAUCAAGUUACGAUGUAAAAUGUCGGCUAUCCAAGGUGCGGUAUACGAUUGGAUAAAGGCCACGGGUACUAUCCGUGUCGACCCGGAAGACGAGAAACGAAAGGUUCAAAAGAGUUCAAUGUACCAAGCUAAAACAUUCAAGCCAUUAAACAACAGAUGCAUGGAGCUCAGAAAAACCUGCAACCAUCCUCUACUUAACUACCCGUAUUUCAACGAUUUCUCCAAGGACUUUCUUGUGAGAUCAUGUGGGAAAUUAUGGGUUCUUGAUAGAAUCCUGAUAAAGCUUCAAAGAACAGGGCAUCGAGUACUUCUUUUCAGCACAAUGACAAAGCUUCUAGACAUUUUGGAGGAAUAUUUACAGUGGCGUAGACUUGUCUACAGAAGAAUCGAUGGUACAACGAGCUUGGAAGACCGUGAGUCAGCAAUUGUUGACUUUAAUAGCCCUGAUACGGAUUGCUUCAUUUUUCUGCUGAGCAUUCGUGCAGCUGGACGUGGUCUAAAUCUUCAAACAGCCGACACAGUGAUCAUAUACGACCCUGACCCAAACCCUAAAAACGAAGAACAAGCGGUUGCUAGGGCCCACCGUAUUGGUCAAACACGAGAAGUCAAAGUCAUCUACAUGGAAGCUGUGGUUGAUAAAGUCUCGAGUCAUCAAAAGGAAGAUAACUUCAGAAACGGAGGUAGUGUCGACUCGGACGAUGACCUGGCGGGUAAAGACCGAUACAUAGGGUCGAUCGAGAGUCUCAUUAGAAACAACAUCCAACAAUAUAAAAUUGAUAUGGCUGAUGAAGUCAUCAAUGCUGGAAGGUUUGACCAGAGAACAACACAUGAAGAAAGACGGUCAACUUUGGAGUCACUGUUGAAAGAUGAAGAGAGGUAUCAAGAAACUGUACACGAUGUCCCCUCUUUACAAGAAGUCAACCGAAUGAUUGCGAGAAGCGAAGAGGAAGUUGAGCUUUUUGAUCAAAUGGAUGAGGAGUUCGAUUGGGCUGAAGAGAUGACCCGAUACGAUCAAGUACCUAAAUGGCUUCGUGCCAGUACACGGGAAGUGAAUGCUACAGUUGCGCGUAUGUCUAAAAAACCACCUAAAAACAUUUUGUACACGGAUAAUAUCGGUGUGGAACCAAGUGACAUGGCGUCUGAUGUUAAUGAAAAAAGAAGGGGAAGAUAUAAAGGAAAGAAGAAUUAUGCUGAACUAGAUGAUGACAUAGAGGAGUUCUCUGAAGCUACAUCUGAAGAGAUGGUUAAUGGGGGCGAUUCUGAAGAGGACGAUGAAACACCUGUCAUUAAUGAGGUACCCACCACACAAGAUGACGAGUAUCAUCCUAGUACUAGACACAAUCAUAGGUUACAAGGAUCUAGUUCUUCCGGAUCAUCUUCAGGUAGCAGACGAGUCAUCCCAGUACCAGUGCCUUCUAUUUCUUCCCAGAAAUUCGGUUCACUUUCUGCAUUAGAAUCCCGGCCAGGUCCUCGUUCCAAAAGAUUGCAUGAUGAUCUUGAAGAAGGGGAGAUUGCCAUGUCUGGAGAAUCGCAUAUGGAACUUCAACGAUCUGGUAGUUUGAACCAUGACCGUGAAGAAAAUGAAGAUGAACAGGUGUUACAACCAAAAAUAAAACGGAAACGUAGUAUUCGAGUUCGACCGAGGCUUGCUGUUGAUUCUCUCCUUCGUGUUGACUCCUUUCAAGCUGACCGUAGACUACAUGGCAUUGGGAAGACUCAGAUGCAUAAUACUCAGCCUGAACAAAAAUUGGUUCAAGAGAAAAACACUUACAAGAAUGAUCAUCAUCAUAGCAACCCCUCGACCUCGUUGAAGGCCAAACGAACUCCUCCGGCUAACCGGAAAAUCCCAAACAAGGCCAAUCUUCAUGUUCCUGGGAAACCAUCCAGACCUAAUCCCAUAUCUACACCUUCAGAUGCUGAGCACUCGCACUCUGAAGUGAAAGUAAAGAAUGGAAGUGGACCCAUCAUGACUGAGGCUAUACAGAGAAGGUGUAAAAAUGUAAUCACAAAGAUCCAGAGGAGAAUUGAUAAGGAAGGGCAGCAAAUUAUCCCGUUGCUAACUGAUUUGUGGAAGAGAACCGGAAGUCCCGGGGGCAGUGCUGGGAACAAUCUUCUUGAUUUACGCAAGAUUGAGCUUCGUGUUGACCGUUUGGACUACAAUGGAGUUAUGGAUUUGAUAGCUGAUGUACAGCUUAUGUUAAAAGGCGGAAUGCAGUAUUUUGGAUUUUCCCAUGAGGUGAGGUCCGAAGCAAGGAAAGUGCAUGAUUUGUUUUUCGAUAUAAUGAAGAUUGCAUUUCCAGAUACGGAUUUCCGAGAAGCCAGGAGUGCACUGAGUUUCUCUGGGUCCAUGGCUUCUUCCUCAUCUCCAAGAGGGUUGCUGCCACCCAAGCGACCAAAACCAAUGAUGGAAGUCGAGCCCGAACCGAGUCUACCCCCAAGGCCGGUUCCACGUGGGUCCAACUCCAUCCCGAGUAGAGAGACACGGUUCGGUAGGGGUGCAGCCCCGGCUCAUGGUCUGGAAGAACCUGGUCCUAGAGUGUUGACCCAUCCAGGUGAGCUUGUUAUAUGUAAAAAGAAGAGAAAGGACAGAGAGAAGUCUGGGGUGGUGAGACCUGGGAAUGGUGGGGGGUUGGGUGUGGGUGGUCCUGUUUCGCCGAUUGCUCGGGGGAUUAGGAGCCCGGUUCAGGGUCAGGGUCAAAGUAGAGUGAUGCAGGGAAGAGGCGGCCGAGUCAACUAUGAUGAUGAUUUGCAGGAUGAGAGGAGGGUGUCCACACUCACUGUGAGUGAGUCGAUGGCUAAAAAUCACUAUUAA